ACCCCGCCGCCAGCACUAGCCAGCCACCGCCUCCAGCUGCCCGUGGCGCCGCCGCGGCGAGCAACGGCGAUGAUCACAGCCAUGUACAAAGCGCUUCCGCGCCGCGGAUACCCCAUCCUCGUCCUCCGCCUCCGGGGGCUUCGUGGGCUCAGCUCGCACGCGGGCGGCGGCGAGCGGUGGAGGGGUCAGCCCCAGCAGCAGCAGCAGCAGCAGGAAAGCAAGGAGGUCAAGGUGUCGGUGUGGUGGGACUUCCAAAAGUGCCAGCUUCCGCCCGACGCCAACCCCUGCCGCGUGGCCCCGCGCGUCACGGCCGCGCUGCGCGCCGCCGGCAUCCGGGGCCCCGUCGAGAUCACCGCCUUCGGCGAUGUUUUCGUGCUCCCCCGCCCCGUCCAGGAGGUCCUCGCGGCCACCGGCGUCGCGUUCUCGCACGUCCCCGCCAGUGGAAAGGAUGGUUCUGACAGAUCAUUCAUUGCUGAUCUUGUCUAUUGGAUUGCUCAGAACCCUCCACCAGCCCAUUUCUUCCUUAUAUCUGGGGAUGAACACUUUGCGAAUAUUCUGCAUCGCCUUCGGAUGAGCAAUUACAACAUACUGCUAGCCUGUCCUAACAAUGAGCCCAGCAUUCUGUGCAGUGCAGCAACAAUUAUGUGGCCGUGGGAAGCUUUGAUUAAAGGGGAGGGGUUUACUCGAAAACAUUUUAACCAGCCACCUGAUGGUUUGUCCUGUUCUUGGUAUGGUAAUUACAGGGGAGCUCUUGAUGACCCCUUCCAGAAAGCAGAACCAAAGCACUCCGUAAAUGUAUCAUUGCAAACCAAGAAGCCAGAGAAGCCACCUAUAACCUCCAAAUCUGUGGUCAACGGGCCUGAUUAUGCCAGGUUUAUAGAUCCUCUACCAGGUGAUAGUCAACCUGCUCUAGUUGGUGAAAAAAGCUUUACGAGAAUGAGUUAUCAGCAAAGUAUUGGGGACAGAAAAUGCCUCACUGAGACUAAGAAUGAGAAGCCACGAUCAUCCAAUGUCCCAUCUUCUCCAUCAGAUAUAUUAUCUUUAGAGCAACAGAAAAUUCCGGUCGGUGAUGAUCCCUUCCUGCAAGGAGAAUUCAACCACUCCAUGAAUGUACCAUUGCAGACCAAGAAACCAGAGGAGACACCUAGAAUCCCCAAAUCUGUGAUCACCUGUAUCAGGAGAGCACUAAACUCUUAUCCUGAAGGGGUCAAUCUCGAAGAUCUUCUAUCAGAACUUAAAGAGAACAAGUUGUUUAUGUAUAAUGGAUUAUAUGGCUUCAAAAACUUCAGUGCUCUUCUCCAAGCUAUGCCUGAUUAUGUCAAAUUUAUAGAUCCUUUACCAGGUGAUAGUCAACCUGUCGUAGUUGGUGAAAAAAGCUUUAAUAGAUUUCCUUCUGCUCAAAGUAAUGGUGAGGUAAAAUGCCUCAUUGAGACGAAGAAUGAGAAGCCACCAUCAUCUAACAUACCAUCUUCUCCAUCAGAUAUAUUGUCCCCAGAACAAAGGAAAAUUCCGAUAGUUGAUGCUCCAUCUUCCCAGAGUGGUUUGUUGUCUAGAGACCAAAGGAAAGCUCCACCCGUAGAUUUUAUUAAGCCAUCUGAACCACCUGCGGGUCAUAUGGAAGCUGAUAUGGUGAUCACUGCUGCAACUCCCUCCUCGGAGGCUCAAGGGUCCAGUGAUGUAACAAGCCAGGAAGGGCAACAUAACAGACAUUUGAGAAAGGCCAUGAAGAAUUGUUCCACAGCUGACAAUGCUGAUGUGAAUGGUCCUGAUAACAGUUCAGCAGGCAGCACUAGUUUGUCAGAUGACCCGUCUAAUAACUGUUCUGAAACAGAUGUCAAGAGGAAUUUUGCAAAUACAAAGAAUCACAAUGGCGAAACAGUCGAAAUCAGCAAAGCUGAAAAGAUACGAGGUUCUGGAGAAAGCAACAAAGGAAUAUUUAGCUGGGCAGCAAGGUGGUGGUCAUCUGGAAAAUCAGAUACACAAGAUAAUCAAAAUCAUGAUGGAACAAGGAAAGAUUUGGACAAAGGAUGUUCAUUUGUUAACAGUGCAAGUGGACAGCAAGUAGGAGUUGAAAUGUUUGAAAAAUCUUACUUCUGGGAUGCACUACAGCAAUAUCUUUUAACCCAUCAUGGAUCAAAACUUGUUUCAGAAGCAAAGGCAAGGGAGGAGUUGGCACAUGGACUGCAGAAGGGCUGUUCGCUUCUCAAAGGCCUUGACGAGAAACAUAUCCAUCAGUUAGUACAUCUGUUGAUCUCUGAGAAGAAAUGGAUCAAGGAGUGUAGGUCGGAAACUUUUCAUUUCCAACUUACGCUGCCUCAGAGAGGAACAUGUGCUCCAUUACAUUCCUGUAAACCAGAAGGGUCAACUUCUCCUCUUACAAAUGGAAACGGCCAGGCCAGCUGCAAGGGCAAUGAAUACCGUGGUAAUGUCGAUGACUUUGCCUGGGAAGAGCUUGGUCCUGUAUCCAGUGCUGGUGAUCCUCAUCCAGAAACUGGUAAAGUGGUGUGCUAUCACCCUCCCACCUCGUCAGAUGAUGAGUUUUCUGAUGGUGAAAUUCAUGCGGUAGAUGAACAAGCAGGAAAAGAUUCGGAUGCUGAAUUUUCCGAGAAUGAAAAUCAUACAGCAAGCCAACAAGCAAGAAGAGACCCAUCGCGGAGCUCGCUCGUCGAAAUUAUUGCCUUGUGGGAAACAGGCAAGGAUGAUGGUUCACCGCCGAGAAAUUUCAAGGCCGAAUGCUCUCGAACGAAUAAACAUUAUCGUCAGUGUUAUCGUCCUUCGACCAAGCAGCAGCGGCAGCAACAACACUCGUGA